AUGAACGGCCACCAGAUCCUCGCAAUCCUCGAACUAAUACUCUACGCUACACACCUGGUCCCAGCCACGUUCUGUACAUUCUACUACCUGUUCAAUAAGAAACAGACGGCAUGGCUCUAUCUGCACGCGUUCGUCAUUGCCAAAAUCGGCGGCCCGGCAAUCUACCUCUCCAUCGCGACCAAAUCCAACCCCUCGCGGGACCUCCAAAUGACCGCGCGAAUCCUCUACUCCAUCGCACUGGGCCCGCUCCUCUCCGCGACGCUCUCGUUCGUCAACUCGUCGCCGUCAGGGUCACCGAAACACAACAGCGACCACCAGAGCCAUCACAGCCAGAAUGACCACAGCGCCCCAACGGCGUACCUCCCCGGCGAACAAUAUCAACACCAACAACCAGCAUACACGCCCCUAACAACUGCAGCCGCAGCACCACAGCAGACACCGUCCCCGUUCCUAAUAACCUUCCUCCGCCUAUUGCACCCAGUGAUAAUCGUCGCGCUGGUCCUCGGUAUAAUCUCCGGAAUCGACCGCGCGCCAUCAUCAGACGGGACGCUCAACGCCGGGGAAUUCGACCGCGGCGCAAGACUCGCAAAAGCCUCCGCGGCCCUCUUCGUCCUGGCCCUCGUGGGGAUCAGCGUGGGUGCAGCGUUCAUGUUCCGAUUCCGCAAGGCGCUCCCGAGAAUUGCUUCGUAUAUCAUCACUUGCAUGCCUGUCAUCAUCCCGCUGUUAUUUCUCCGCGUGCUAUAUUCCCUCCUUGCCGCGGCGAAUCUGGAUACCACGGACCAUGGGGGGCAUACGACGAGGUAUAAUGUCUUAAACGGGAAUUGGGCGGUGUAUCUUGUUUUGCGGUUUAUUCCGCAGGGGCUUGUCCUGCUCGUUUAUACAUCGUGUGGCGUGGGGGCGUGGUGGAAUGAUCGCCGGGGGUGCGGUAUUAAUCAAGUAUACAAGGGGACCGGUUUACGCUGA